AGUCAAAUCAACGUCCCUGCCUGUGCCCGGAACUCCAGCGAGCGAAUUCAGCCAUGUUGUUUGUGUAGCUGACAGCAACAGGUUCACAGUUCUAAACUUCGUCUUGUUUCAGUUUCUGAAUUGUUUUAAUAGUACCGCAAGGCUUCAUACACGGGUGAUAAUCUGACGGACCAAAUCGACUUUGAAUUGAGGACCCAGAGGAGACGAAAGUCCAUGUUUUCCCCACUAGUUAGAGAUAACUGUGAGCUAUCCAGCAGCUGAGAACAAGACUGGUAGCCCCCCCCCCCCCCCUCCUGCCCACCUGCAACCAUGAAUGGGGGCGUUAGUGUGUGGGCCAUCACCCCCGAUGAGAGGGGAAAACAUGACCACAAGUUUGACACCCUCUCUCCUGCCAUGGGCUUUGUCUCAGGGGAACAGGCCAGGAAGUUCUUCCUGCAGUCAGGUCUGCCCUCUCCAGUGCUGGCAGAGAUCUGGGCUCUGGCGGAUAUGAACAAGGAUGGAAAGAUGGACAGGCUGGAGUUCUCCAUCGCUAUGAAGCUUAUUAAGCUCAAGCUGCAUGGCACGCCCCUCCCCUCGGCUCUGCCAAUCAUCAUGAAGCAGCCCCCAGUGCCCGCCCCUAGCCACGCCCACUCGGCUGCCAUGUCCAACUCGCGCUACGGGAUGGGCUCUAUGCCAAACCUGUCAAUGAUGCCAGGGGGCGUGGCCAUGCUGACCCCCAUCCCCAUGACGACAACAAUCUCACCCAUGACCCCCAUGACCUCACUCACACCCCUGGUCCCCACGGCAAUGGGCAUGAGUCCUCUGGUUGGCUCCAGCACCAUGCCCCUGCUGCCCUCGCUGGGAAGCCCUGCGCUGCCCAACGGCACCAUGGGAUUUCUACAGCCCAUGCAGAGUGGAAUCAUGGGAACUGGUCUGACUCUGUCUGGUCCAUACUCCUCUCCUCUGGGCUUGUCCUCCUCUCCUGCAGUCAACAUGUUCUCCUCUCUGCUGGACCUGGGCUCCAGCAGCUCCGCCUCCUCCUCCCCCGCCUCCCUGGCGGACGCCUCCCCAAAGACUGCCCCCUCCGACUGGGCCGUCCCCCACGCCACCCGCCUCAAAUACAGACAGCAGUUCAACAGCCUGGACAAGAACAUGACCGGAUACCUCUCAGGUCCUCAGGUGAGGAACGCCAUGGCAACCACUAUGCUAAGUCAAACACAGCUGGCAACCAUCUGGACCCUAGCGGACAUAGACAAGGAUGGCAAGCUGAAGGGGGAGGAGUUUAUCCUGGCCAUGCACCUGGUGGAUAUGGCCAAGACUGGACAGCCCUUACCUCUCAGUCUGCCAGCAGAGCUGAUCCCUCCAUCACACAGGAGUGCUGUGAACGGCAGCAGCAGCAGCUCCCUCUAUGCUGCCCUCACUGAUGACCUGGAAGUGGAACCAGCGCAGAAGACCAGGAGCAACUUGUCGUUCGAGGACAAGUUCAAGGCCAACCUGGAGCGGGGGAACGCGGAGCUGGAGAAGAGGAGGCUAGCCCUGCAGGAGGCGCAGAGGAGAGAGGAGGAGCGCCGUGCCCAGAAGGAGAGGGACGAGCGCGAGCGGAGAGAGCGGGAGGUCAGGGAGCUGGAGGAGAGGAGGAGGAAGGAGGAGGAGAGGAGGCUGGAGCGACAGAGGGAGCUGGAGAGGCAGAGGGAGGAGGAGAGGCUGAAGGAGGUGGAGAGAAAGGAGGCGGCCCAGCGGGAGCUGGAGCGUCAGAGGAAGGAGGAGUGGGAGAGGAGGAGGAGAACAGAGAUGCAGAGUCAGAAGGGGCAGGAGCAGGAGGACAUCACCCGGCUGAGAGCCAAGAAGAGGAGCCUGGAGAUGGAGCUGGAGGCUGUGGGUAACAAGCACAGACAGAUAUCAGACCGUCUGCGCGACGCCCAGAGUGAGAAAAGGGUUCAGAAGAGCGAGCUGGAGCUGACCAAUCAGAGAAGAGAGACCCGCAGACAGGACAUAAACACUUUGCAGAGACAGAUGGAGGAGUACCAGAGGAAGUUGUCCCAGCUGACCCCAGAGCAGCACAGGCUCAGUGAGAAGGUCAAGAACAUGGAGCUCAACAACCUCCCAGUGUCCACCAUGUCCACCAUGCGGCGCAGUGUGAGUGAGCGGAGCGGAACGUGCACCCGGCUGAGGCAGCAGCUGGACGCCCUGGAGAGGGAGACGGCCUCAACGCUGGCCGACAUGGACCAGUACAACAACGGCCUGCUGGACCUGAGGGCCAGUCAGAGGAAGCAGCAGUCUGCCCUGGAGAAGCUGCAGAGCAUCAGGGAGGACAAGCUGAGAGAGCUGAAGAGGCUGAGGCAGCAGGAAGAGAACAGGAAGAGGAUGGAAGAGGACAGGAAGAGGAUGGAGGAGGAGGAAGCUCAAAGGCGUAUUAAGCUGGAGAAGGAGCGCCAGUGGCAGGAGAAGCUGCGGAGGGAGGAGGAGGAGAGGCAGAGGAGGCUGCAGGAGGAGAGGGAGGCCAAGCUGAGAGAGGAGGAGGAGAGGGAGGCCCAGGCCCGGCUCCUGGCCGCCAGGGAGCUGGCCGAGCGAGAGCGCCGGGCCAAGGAGGAGGAGGAGGAGAGGAGGAGGGAGGAGGAGCGGAGGAGAGACGAGGAACGCAAGACGCAGGAGGAGAGGAGACGACAGGAGGAGGAAGACAGGAGGAGGAGGGAGGAGGAGAGGAGGAGGCUGGAGGAGGAGAGGAGGGAGGAGGAGCGGAGGAGGCAGGAGGAGAAGAGAAGGCAGGAGGAAGAGAGGAGGAGGUUGGAGGAGGAGAGGAGAGAGGAGGAGCGUAAGAAAGAGAGGGAGGAGGAGGAUAGGAGACGGCAGCGGGCUGCGGAGGCUGCCAUCAGAGACUCGGAGGAGAGGAAGAGAGCGGAGGAGGCGAGGAGAAAGAGGGAGGAGGAGAAGAAAAGGCAGGAUGAGGAGGAGGAGGAGAGGAAUAGGGCAGACGAGGAGAGGAAGAGGAAGGAGGAGGAGAGGAAGAGGAAGGAGGAGGAGGGGUCCGGCCAGAAGCAGGUGAAUGGAGGGAAGUCGGAUAUCCAGGCGAAGCUGACAGCUCUGCUACGAGGCCUGGAGGAGAGGAAAGGAGGUCUGCAGCCACAGGCCAGGGAGCACAGGAAGUCAGCCGCUCUCACUUCCUUCCAAGCUCUCUACCCCUUCACUGCCCGCAACAAGGACGAGCUCAGCUUCGAGGCCGAUGACAUCAUCGAGGUGGAUGAGUCGACGGAGCGUGAGCAGGGCUGGCUGUACGGCAGCGGGCGGGGGAAGAUGGGCUGGUUCCCAGAGAGCUACGUGGAGAGACAGGCCCACCCGCAGGCCCCGCCCACAAGCGCUCUGUACGCCGUGGUCAACAAGCAGGCGCUCAAGCCCCAGGCCUCCAUCCACACCUCAACUGCUGCCCCGGAGCCGGCCGCGCCCACCAGCGCCCCGCCCAAGUCUGCCUUCACCCCCACACACCAUCCCAGCACCGCCCCCUCGGAACAGGGACAGGUGGUGGGCACCCUGCUGGCCCAGGCCCUGUGCUCCUGGACAGCCAAGACGGAGAGCCACCUGAACUUCAGUAAGGACGAUGUGAUCCGCGUGCUGGAGCAGCAGGAGAGCUGGUGGCUGGGGGAGCUGGGGGGGCAGCAGGGCUGGUUCCCCAAGACCUACGUGGCUCUGCUGGGGGAGGACGAACCUGCCGACUCUGUGUUUUCUGAUGGAUCUGACAACAAUGAGGGUUCCCAACAAGAAGAGUUCGUGGCCCUGUACACGUACGAGAGCCCUGAGUCAGGGGACCUGACCUUCAGGGAGGGUGACAUCAUCCUGGUGAGCCAGCGGGAGGGGGACUGGUGGAGAGGCUGCACGGGAGACCGAGCCGGCCUCUUCCCCUCCAACUACGUCAAGCCUAAAGAGGCUGAGCCCUCUGGAGGCCCAGGGAAGCCUGGCCCACCUGGCAAGAAGCCAGAGAUCGCCCAGGUAACCACGGCGUACUCGGCCAGUGGCACAGAGCAGCUGAGUGUGGCUCCUGGCCAGCUGAUCCUCAUCCUCAGUAAGAACGCCUCCGGCUGGUGGCUCGGGGAACUGCAGGCUCGUGGGAGGAAGCGGCAGAAGGGUUGGUUUCCUGCUUCUCAUGUCAAGAUGCUGGGCUCCAGCAGCGGCAAGUCUACACCUGCCCCUCUGCCAGUGUGCCAGGUCAUCGCCAUGUACGACUACAAGGCAGCCAAUGAGGACGAGAUGAGCAUCUCCAAGGGUCAGCUGAUCAACGUGCUGGACAAGAACGACCCUGAUUGGUGGAGAGGAGAGGUCAACGGGGUCACCGCCCUGUUCCCCGCCAAUUACGUCAAGAUGACCACCACAGAGUCCGACCCCAGCCAGCAAUGCUCCCCUGUGUUCAGACGGCUACAUGUGCCUUGUGAACUUGAACUGGGACGACCCGACAAGCUGUUCAGCUACAAGAACAACAUCCAGCUCAAGAUGUACAAGCCGCCGGUGUUUCUGAAUGAGGUUCUAGUGAAACUUCCUGACCCGUCCAGUGACGAGCCCGUCUUCCACAUCUCUCACAUCGACAGAGUCUACGUCCUCAAAACAGAGAACAUCAACGAGAGGACGGCCUGGGUGCAGAAGAUCAAGGCAGCGUCGGAGGACUUCAUCGAGACAGAGAAGAAGAAGAGAGAGAAGGCGUACCAAGCUCGCUCUAUGAAGGCCAGUGGGAUUGGCCGUCUGCUCGUCACCAUCCUGGAGGCCACCGAGCUGAAGUCCUGCAAAGCCAAUGGGAAGAGUAACCCGUACUGUGAGGUCACCAUGGGAGCCCAGAUCUACACCUCAAGAACCCUGACAGACACCCUGAACCCCAAGUGGAACUUCAACUGUCAGUUCCACAUCCGAGACCUGUACCAGGACGUGCUCUGCAUCACCAUCUUCGAGAGGGAUCAGUUCUCCCCCGACGACUUCCUGGGUCGUACAGAGGUUCCCGUGGCGACCAUAAAGAAGGAGCUGGAGAACAAGGGUGCGGCGACCCGCCGUCUCCUCCUCCACGAGGUGGCCACCGGCGAGGUCUGGGUCCGUCUCGACCUGCAGCUCUUCCCCAGCAAGACGGCCGCGCCCAAGUAGGGGCGGGCCUCGCCCACCGCCAGGGGCUUCACUCACCUGAUGAUGUCACAGAGGGCUACCGACGUCCUGGAGAGUCUUGAGGACGAAGUCUUGGUUUCAGGAACGAGUCUAAGUUUGGGGAGAGAGUCUUAGUUAACCACUGGAUGUGAUGUGAGGAUAUCUCAGGAUUUCUACAUUCUUUCUUCUUCUGUGUCUAUAGUACUGCACAUUCAGACCUCUUAUGAUAAGGUAUGCAGUAGACAUCUGCCUCUGGUGGGAUUCCCAGUGCCUGAGACAGGAAGCUGGAGAGCAGAGUUGUUCUGGAGCAGGAAGCAGGAAACAGGAAGCAGGAAGUGGUUCCUGGUUGAGGAAGGCCUUCACAUAGGGCUCUACAUGGACGGUUGUAACCAAAUCACCUUGGGAAAAUAGUUUAUAAUAAUAAUUGAAUAGCUGUUUGCAUUUGUUGUUGUUUAUUACGUCAGUCUACUAGCACCAGUAACAAAUACCACCAAGUUUCAGUUCCUUUUAUUGUCAUAAAACUCUCAUUUUUUGUGUCUUUUUUAAUGUAAUCUCAUCCGACGGUUGAAAUAGCACUGUAAACCGAAGUGGGUGUGGUGUUGAGGGUGGAGGUGGGGUGGAGGAGGUUGGUUGGUUGGGGUUCUCCUUUAGUUCUAAUUGCCAUUUUCAACUCUAGAAAGUCUAGUCUUCCUUCCCUCGGGUUGACCUCUGACCUUCCAGGACUGGAGAGGUGUGAAGGCAGUUCCCCUCUCCACAGGGCCCCAGUGUCAUAUCAGACCAGUGACUCUGCUGAUACUGCCUGAUACUGCCUGUACUGCCCCCUGGUGUCCUGGCUGCUCAUGGCAGGUGCUGUAGGAGUUUAUUUAUUUUGUAUUUAUGCGUACAUGACUAUUCUGAGGUUAAUGCCGACCAGUUACACAGGUGUUGUGAUGUGUGCGUGCGUGUUGAUGGUGGGAUCACGUCAGUGCUUGUGACAAAACCUCAUGUUUUAGCAGCUGAAAUUCCACUCCACAAUCCUCCUUCAACACUUCUUCUGUGUAUUUGUCCAGCUGCAACUCUUUAGUUCAUGUAUUUCAGAAAACUAUUUGAUGUUUUAACUUUUAGUUUAUUUUACUUUGACAUUGGUUGAUAUGUUAGUUGGCCCCUGUGUCGUCUGUUUAAAAUCAGUCAGCUCCUAUGUUCACAGUCGUCUUGUAUGAAACUCCUCCAAUCAGGGUUCUAUAAGGAUAAUAAAAGGUAUUCAAAUCAA